UGCAGGUGCCCACUGCAAAACCCAGUACUGCUGAUGCCCUCAGUUUGGCUACCACAUAGCCUGCCAGGAAUCCCUUGAGGAAUGGGGAGGACAAGAGUGAGCCAUCCUGCAAAGAAAAAUGCAGAAGGAAACUCAGGUAGGCUCUCCUUCUCUGCCCAGGAACUACUCAAGCUGGUCUUGGAGCCUCUACCACCACUUCCUCACUGUGGACAACUGUGGUAUUUUCUCCAAAGAUUUUCUCAAGGGUCUGGAGCUAGUGAAAGCUUAGGAGUUCUGAUCAUACAAUAUUAGAAUCCUGAGUUCAGAAGGCUCCAACCACAGAAUCCUACUAUCAGAGGCCUGAGAGGCCCUGAGGAACCUGAGCCCUGCCUUCUUCUCCAAUCUCAUUUUCUAGCUGCAGACAAAUUGACUUCCUCUCUCCCCUCAAUUUCAUAACACUAUUUCUCAUCACAAAGGCUUUGUGCAUGCUGUUCCAUCUGCCUGGAAUGUUCACUCCUCCCCACUUCACCUAGUUAACACCUACUUAAAAUCUCAGUUCAAGUGCUAUUUUCUCAGGGAAACUUCCCUUGGAGUGACUAAGAACAGGCCCUCAAUGUCCAUUUGCUAAAUAAAUCUCUACCACCUAGCCAACAUUCUCAAGGACAAGUUGGCAGUGAAACCUAAGGCAAAGGGUAGGAGGGCAGUCCCUACCUGGCUCACACCACUGUUGACUUCGUCUUCCACGCGCUGCUGUAGACGCUCCAACUGGUUCUUGAGAAAUGCCAAGUCCUUAAGCUUGGGCAGAGAAUCCUAGGACAAGGGAGAGGCUGGCUCCAGCAGACUUGACCUAGUCCCAUCCCCUACUCAAUUCUAUCAGAGGCUUGGAGUUGGGGGGAAUGGAGUGAGCCAGAGGAAUCUCUUCCUAGAAAACCUUCCUGAGAUGGCAGUAGUAAAGUAAGAAACACAUUGAAAAGCACAGAAUUCAUAUGGGGGCCAGGGAGGAGGAGACAGAUGUAAACUGCAUCAAUUACUUUUAACAACCGCUAUAGCAAUCUUAUAUGGCAAGCAGCGUGUAGGGGAGAAACCUUCAAUUAGUUCUAUGCGGGAAGAACUAUGCGCUCCAUGAAAAUAAUCAUCAGUCUGUCUUGACGCUUGUGUCCCCGUGCCAGGGACCAGGAGGUACUUGGUAAAUGUUGCGGGUUGAUGCUGGGCUUCCAGACUAACAGUAAUGGAUUGAGGCGGCUCCUUGGACAAUUUGAGGGUGAACCUGACUUCUGCCUGGGCUGGCUUGUCCCCUUUAUGCCCGAGGCCAUCCCAAACCGAAUGGGAAUGCCUAGAUGUAUGAGGGAAUGACUGUAGGCAAGAGUGCGAAAAAGUGACUGAUUCUGAACGCAGUAAGUAUGAAAUUCAGUACGGGAGAGCAAGGAAGUGUUUGAAUGAGGGUAAUGUUGGUAUGCGGGUGAACUGGAAACGCUGUCUUUGAAAGGGAAAUUUCGGGGGUUAGGGAAAGGACCAGAAUGACGAGAAUUUCAGAGUGGAUGUAUUUGAAUGUGUGCUAGGAACUGGACGUCGUGAUGGUUGAUCCCCGAGAGGGUACAUCUGGAGAAUCCCUGGCUCCACCCGCCUCGCCUAAAGCUCCCCUCAUGCCAUCUCUCACUGUUGAGUAUGCUCCCCCUCUUCAAUCUCUUGUUCCUAUAGAUGACUUGUGGGGGGACCAAAGUCUGGAGGGGGAGCCAGGCCUACCCCCUGGCUGGAGGAAGAUCCGCGAUGCUGCAGGUACAUACUAUUGGCAUGUACCCAGCGGUAGCACCCAGUGGCAGCGCCCAACCUGGGAACUAGGAGAUGCAGAAGAUACAGGCACGGGGAUGGAGGGGAUUUGGGAACUGCGGCCCCCAAAGGGAAGAUCCUUUUCCAGCCUGGAGAGCUCACUGGACCGGAGUAACUCUCUGACCUGGUAUGGUGAGGAAUCCUACAUCCAGAAUUUGGAGCCAGGGGCUAAGUGCUUUGCAGUCCACUCUCUGGGCUGGGUAGAGGUGCCUGAAGAGGACCUGGCACCAGGGAAAAGCAGUAUCGCAGUCAAUAACUGUAUCCAGCAGCUGGCUCGGACCCACAACCGGAACCAGCCUCCAGACAGUGCUUGGGGUGAGGGCCAGAACAUGCUGAUGAUCCUGAAGAAGGAUGCGAUGAGCCUGGUGAAUCCCUUGGACCACAGUCUGAUCCACUGUCAACCUCUGGUGCACAUUCGUGUAUGGGGCGUGGGCAGCUCCAAGGGCCGUGACAGGGACUUUGCUUUUGUGGCGGGUGACAAAGACAGCUGUAUGCUCAAGUGCCAUGUGUUUCGCUGUGAUGUUCCUGCCAAGGCAAUUGCAAGUGCCCUACAUGAGCUUUGUGCCCAGAUCUUGUCAGAGCGAGUAGGGGUCAGUGCUGAUGCCACUUGCUGCUCCCCAGACCCUAUUUCUCCUGAAGACCUUCCUAGGCAAGUGGAGUUGCUGGAUGCAGUGAGCCAGGCUGCUCAGAAGUAUGAGGCGCUGUACAUGGGGACCCUGCCAGUCACCAAAGCUAUGGGCAUGGAUGUGCUGAAUGAGGCCAUUGGUACACUCACCACCCGGGAGGACCAGAACACCUGGGUCCCCACCAUGCUCAGCGUGUCUGACUCUCUCAUGACUGCACAUCCCAUUCAGGCCUGGUGUGGUCAGGCAGAGGCUGGUGCAGAGGAGGAACCAUUGUGGCAAUGCCCUGUGCGCCUUGUGACCUUUAUUGGUGUUGGCCAUGACCCACACACCUUCGGCCUCAUCGUCGAUCUUGGCCGUCAGAGCUUCCAGUGUGCGGCCUUCUGGUGCCAGCCCCAUGCUGGGGGACUCUCUGAAGCUGUGCAAGCUGCCUGUAUGGUUCAGUACCAGAAGUGUCUUGUGGCCUCUGCAGCUCGAGGCAAGGCCUGGGGUGCCCAGGCCCGUGCCCGCCUGCGCCUCAAGCGGACCAGCUCCAUGGACUCCCCAGGAGGUCCCCUGCCUCUUCCCCUACUCAAAGGAGGGAUUGGGGGUGCAGGAGCCACCCCUAGAAAGCGGGGUGUCUUCUCUUUUCUUGAUGCCUUCCGGCUGAAACCCUCUCUGCUCCAUAUGCCCUAAAAUGAUCUUAAGAGGGC